CACAAUUCCCCUAGAUCCAAACACAGUGUAAUUGAGCUUGGAGACUACACUCAAUUGAACCACGGUGGUCGCUAGCGACAGUUAUCAGCAUCACCGGGCGUUUCGCUCCACUUCAGAGCUACGUGCUCAGACUCCGGUGACUCGUCCAUGGAGGUCUCCGAUGACGAUGAUCACGUUUUCCUGGUUUGCACAAACCCCGAUGAUCCAAUCGAUGAAACCACCGAGACUCUCAACCAAGAGAUUCUCGUGUCAACUACAGAUCUCCUCGUUUGGGAUUCACCAGCGAUUCUCAGUUUCCAAACAAUCAAAGUUCAGGCACAUCGCAGUAGGCUCAUUGAACAAUCUCUGUAUUUCAGAGGCCUCCUCAGUGGGAGCUUCAGUGAAUCAUGCUUGGGCUCUAUCACGAUCAGUUGGAAUGUGCGUGUGUUUAUGCAAAUUCUUAAGCAUAUGUAUGGUGUCUCAUUGGAUAUUGCCAUGGAUAACAUCAUCCCUCUUUAUGAGGGUGCGCUUUAUUUUGGAGUGGAGACACUUCUGUUGAAGUGUGAGACUUGGCUUUCUGAGGUAUUCUCACCCAAAGGAUUUCAAUCAACACAAAUACAAAUAGAGGAUUUGAUCGAAACUUGGAAAUUUGGUUUGGAGCACGGAAGUGAAUUUAUCCUGAACUUGUGUGUGGGCUACCUAGCAAGAAAUUUUAUGUGGGCAAUGCAUAGCAACUCUUUUAGAAAAAUUCCAUAUGACCUGCUGUUAUCUUCAGUGAAGCACUCUCACUUGACUGUUGACAGUGAGAUGCAUCUCUCUGAUGCACUUCUUUUCUGGCUCGAAAGUAACAUGGAAAGUUUGGAUAGGCCAUGCGAAAAUGAAGGCAACUGCAGUGGAAUUUUAAAACAGAUUCGUGUGGGCCUUUUGCCUUUGUGGGUUGCUGCAGGAAAAAGAAACUCUUUUUAUUUUAGGCUGCUGGCUGAGGAAAGCCUUGAUUCAAUUUUCAGAAUUCUACCUAUGGGCUCACUUGAAAUUUUUGGCUACAGUGACUUGCAACAUCUCAGGAUUCGACUGACAGAAUAUUCGAAGAGGGUGAACCUUUCCAAUUGUCCACAAAUAACAUCUGAAAUACUCCUUUUGUCACUCAUCCCUUCAUCAUACUUAACGGAUCCCAUGGGAAAGAAGAUUAUUGAACAGUUCAUUGCUAAUUCUGGACAUCCUAUUAGAGAUCAAUAUGCAUUCCCACAGAAACUGUUAAACACCUUUACCUUUGAAGUAGUCCAGGAGCUGGAUAUCUCAAAGUGUCGAAGAUUGCUUAUUGAACAAGCUGUUGAUUACUUCAGCCAAUCCUUUCCUUCUUUAAGAAUAUUGAAAGCAACUUAUCUUUUGAGCAUCAGGACAACCAGUUUCCUUAAAUCACUGGAGAAGUGCCCUUUGAUCUGUGAAAUUGAUUUGACUGUUGAUACUACUCCAAUAAUACCAGCAUCAGUUACAGUUUUAUCCUCUAGUCAUGCUGUGGUACCACUGGUACCGGAGAAGACCUCAAGUCUUAAAUACCAAGCACUGGAAACCAUGUCUAUUCAUGAAUCUAGGCCUCCACUUUCUAAUGUUACAAAACUCACAUUGGAAGGAAGAACUGAUGUCAGUGAUUUGACUCUCCAGCAUAUCUCCAAAUUCUGUGUUUCAUUAUGUCACCUGAAUAUUAAAGGAUGCACUUCGGUCACUGAUAUUGGCAUAUCAGAUCUCAUACGUGGAUGUAAAAAACUUAAUUCAAUUGUGGUUUGUGAUACUUCAUUUGGGAUAAAUUCAGUUCAAGCUCUUUGCUCAACUAUUUCUGAUAGUGGUGACUUUCCCUCUCUUCAUUCUAGAGACGAGCAUUUGAAUUCUGUGGUGUCUAAUCUUCAAACACUGCAUAUGGGUGGCUGCAGAGAUAUUUCUGAGUCAUCUCUACAAGAACUUAUGUCUCAAACACAAGUUUUGAAGAGUUUGUGCCUGAGAGGGACUGACCUGGUUGACCAGGCUCUAUAUAAUUACCGAGGUUCUUCCUUGAAGAUGCUUGAUGUUUCAAAUACCAAGAUUUCUGGAGCUGCAUUAACAUAUGUUGUUCAUCGAAAUCCAAGUUUGAAAUGUCUGAAAGCAAGAGGUUGUAGAAAUUUGUUUCAAGGGAACAGUUUUAACGAAAAGAGAGGAUAUAUCUUUUCCUCUUUGCAUGAAGAACUGCAUGCUGAGUUAGGAAAUAUGUGUAGAUUGGAUGAAAUUGAAUUUGGUUGGGGUGUUUCUUCCUUCUCUCUUAGUGCUCUAGAACCUGCAUUGAUGUCAUUGAAGACCAUCAAUAUAGGUUUAGGUGGGAUGUUAGGUGAAGAGGCAUUGAGACAAUUGCCUGCAAUCUGUCCAUUGCUCGAAACAAUAAUCCUUCAUUUUCAGGUAAUAUCUGAUAUCAUCGUGACAAAAUUAGUUAACUCAUUGUUAAACUUGCAAGAAUUAGCUCUGUGCUAUUGUUUUGGUGAGAUAUCCAUGUCAAGCUUUGAAUUUCUCAUGCAAAAUCUAAGAAAGCUGAGGCUUGAAAGAGUAACCCCGUGGAUGACCAACGGUGAUUUGGUUAUUCUAACACAAAACUGCAGAAAUUUGGUUGAGCUUUCAUUGUUGGGAUGUCCUCUUCUUAACUCAGAUUCUCAACAGAUAAUUUCUCGAGGAUGGCCAGGUUUGGUCUCUAUUUAUUUAGAGGAAUGUGGAGAAAUAACAGCAAAUGGGGUCUCUGGUCUUCUUGACUGCAAAGCUCUUGAAGAUCUCCUGUUGCGUCAUAAUGGCCCUGGGCUACAAAGAAACUUAGUUUUUCAUGCUGCUUCAGAGAUGCCAUUGCUUCGAAAAUUGUCACUGGAUAUAUGUGAUGCAAGUGAAGGUGAUUUUGACAUUCCAAAUUAUGCAGAUAGACACUUCUUAAGCACCUUGAAGAUAGCAAGAUGCAAAUCUCAAAGAUGUGCAUUUAAUCUCCCAGACAUUGCCCCUAGGGGUCGUAGAAGAUCUGUGCACGUUGAAACGCUGGUGCUUGUGUGGAACAGCAGAGGUCUCAUCAGAACAGUGGUGAAGGAAAGGCUUUAGUAAAUGGUUGUCUGAGCUUUAAUAACAUAAUUGCGGGGAUCGCAUUACCCUCCUUUCAAGAUGAAUGGUUAGUUUUACUAGUCGUUCAGUUGCAGAAAGUUAAGAUGCCUAUAGUGAUUAGGAUGGUCUUCUUGCUGGUGCUAAAUAUUAAAAAUUCUAACUAUUUUGUAUUAAUUAUCUAUUCGGUUCUUUUCCCCCAAUCGGUCUGAUAAAACAAUACUGAGCUGCUUGAGAAGUAAGCAGUUGCUCUUUGUAUGAUGAUAAUCCCUGUUUAUGUUGCCUUUUUUUUAAUCUUUUGAGCAAAGUGUCUUUGUGUGUGUUUAGGAUUUAGAUAUCAGUUCAGUGCAAUGUGAACAAAGUUGAGAGGUAGGAAAAUGAGAGGGGUACACACCUUUUGUGGCCGCCUCAAUGGUGUGAGGAAAGUGUAAGGAACAAUGAUGCUUUUUCAUUGACACCAAUGUGAAGCUGAUGACUGAAUUGAUUA